UGUUGGGUAGAUAGGAGAGGCUAGUUCUCUCUCUCUCUUGUUGUUGUGGUGUCAACAUGGGAGGACCUUCUCCUCCACUCUUCUGGGCAAGAGUGCCCCAGAGAAUUUUUCCCAAAAUUCCCAAAAUCAAUCGACUUAUCAAUUAUAUUUGUGAGAGAGAGAGAGUGUGGACUCGACCCUCCGUCCUAUAAUAGUCAAUUAUAGUUUGGCCACAUCAUGGGCAACCAUGCGACUUCGGGGGAGCGCCGGGACCGUAACAAACCCGGGGACUCUUUUCCGCCGUACUCCCCCGGGAGGGUCGACGGUCAGGCCUUCACCUUCGACAAACAUAAGGGCCAGAAGGGACUCCAGCAGCAACCGUCAGAGGAAGAUCACGAACCUGUCGUCAUAAAACCCAUACAGUCAGAGAAAGAAAAUGAGGACCCAGUACCGGCCCGACCGCGGCCGGCACUUGCACAAUGUAACAAGAAGAUGCUUCCAUUUGUCAUCAAGUGGGUGGGCGGAGGCCAGACGGUCGCCAUCGCUGGAACUUUCAACGACUGGCAGCCGAUACCCAUGGUCAAGAGUGAGAAAGACUUUGUGGCCAUCGUGGACCUGCCGGAAGGCGAGCACCAAUAUAAGUUCUUGGUCGACGGGGAGUGGAAGCUCAACUGGAAUGAGAGUGCUGUCAACAAUGAUGUAGGCUCGCAGAACAACACCAUCACCAUCAACGAGAGCGACUUCGAAGAGUUCGAGAACGCCCUGUUGAGGGACCCCAACGACAACAAUAAGGACAAGCCGCUAGGCAGUCAGUCGCAGAACAAGGAGAAAGUGGAGGUGGACAAGAAAGAUGAGUUUAGUCAAGAAAUUCCUGAGUACCAACAGUCGGAGAAGAUUCGAGGGCCGCCGGUGCUACCACCUCACCUUCUCCAGGUCAUUCUUAACAAAGAUACACCCAUUUCUUGUGAGCCGACGCUUCUCCCCGAGCCCAACCACGUCAUGCUGAACCACAUGUACGCUCUGAGCAUCCGCGAUGGCAUGAUGGUGCUCUCCACCUCCCAUCGUUUCCGCAAGAAGUGCGUCACCACGCUCAUUUACCGGCCCAUCGAGUAGUCGGCAGCUGGCCCUCCAGAGGACCCCGAAAGCCCAUGCGGCAAAAAUGGCAGCAACUUGCGGGAUUAUGCUCGUCAUGGGCAAGAUUUGAACAUUUUUCAAUGGGUUUAGUUUGUCAAGUGACGAGCGCUGUGCUGCUCAUCCCCUAAUAUAUUGCAGAUAAAGAAUUUAAUUUUUAAAAUAAGACAUAAUUGCUACAAAAUUAGGUGACAUUUUUAUCUGAAAUUUUUAAUUUAAUAUUAAUUUUAUACAAUUUAAAAAAGGCUCUGAUUUUACAUAAAAUUUUGGGUACACUGGAACUAUGAGGUAAAAAUUUUGGGUACACUGGAACUAUGAGGUAAAAAUUUUGGGUACACUGGAACUAUGAGGUAAAAAUUUUGGGUACACUGGAACUAUGAGGUAAAAAAUUUUGGGUACACUGGAACUAUGAGGUAAAAACACUUAACACUGUAUAGCCAUAUACCUGAAGUUAGAUUAUUUGAAUGUUAAGUUUAAUAUAGUUGUCUGAAGAUAACAUAUAAGGAUAACUUUAACAAAACUAUAUAUACGUAGUAUAAAUAACAAAAAAAGGCACAAUACCAUGACUGGAACGAUACACAAAUAACCCGUACAUAGAAGAGAGGAGCUUAUGAUGGCAUUUUGAUCCGACUUGGACCAUUUACAGUGUGACUUUGUAAAUGGCCCAAGUCAGACCGAAACAUCGUCAUAAGCUCCUCUCUUCUAUGUGCAAGUUAUUUGUGUAUACGCAGUAUAUUUUAAUAUUAAUAAGACAAGAAAUGGUAAUACAAAAUUAAAGUAGUAUAUUGAUAAUUUUAGUUAUAAUUAUUGGGGUAGAAAUAGUGACAAUGAAUGUAUAUCAGUGGAAUUGUCCCAGUAUGCUAUAUAUGGUACAUUCAUCAUUUAUAUUUUAUCUAUGUAAAGUUACAUCAGAUUCAUGUGUUUUAUAAAUGGCUUGAAGCAGCUGUGAGAGAGAGAGAGAGAGUUUUUGGUAUCAACUAGUGGAGAGUUCUAUUUAAGUUUAGUAUCAGAGCUAUACUGUGGUACCUCAAGUUUUGAACUUACGUCGUUCGGAGAGUUCUAUUUAAGUUUAGUAUCAGAGCUAUACAGUGGUACCUCAAGUUUUGAACUUACAUCAUUCGGAGAGUUCUAUUUAAGUUUAGUAUCAGAUGUAUACAGUGGUACCUCAAGUUUUGAACUUACGUCGUUCGGAGAGUUCUAUUUAAGUUUAGUAUCAGAGCUAUACAGUGGUACCUCAAGUUUUGAACUUACGUCGUUCGGAGAGUUCUAUUUAAGUUUAGUAUCAGAGCUAUACAGUGGUACCUCAAGUUUUGAA